UCACUUUACUACUUUCAAGCAGGAAAUCUUGGGGGAAGAAAUCAGCUCACUUUGCAUGGAAAGUUGCUUGAAAAGAUUCAGGCAAUUUGAUAACCAUGGAUGAGUAUAUAGUCCAGUCAGUGCUUGGAGAAGGAUCAUUUGGGAGAGUUCUUCUGGUCCAUCAUAAGAACAGAAGCCAGAAAUAUGCAAUGAAGGAAAUAAGACUUCCCAAGUCAAAUACACAGAAAUCUUGGAAUGAAUCUAUUCUGUUAGCUAAAAUGAAACACCCAAAUAUUGUCACUUACAAGGAAUCAUUUGAAGUUGAUGGACACCUGUACAUAGUGAUGGAAUACUGUGAUGAUGGAGAUCUCCUGCAAAAGAUUAAGCAGCAAAAAGGAAAACUGUUUCCAGAAGAUAUGAUACUUAAUUGGUUUGCACAGAUAUGUCUGGGAGUGAAGUAUAUUCAUGACAGGCAUGUAUUGCACAGAGACAUCAAAUCAAAGAAUAUGCUUCUCACACAAAAUGGAAAAGUAAAACUGGGAGAUUUUGGAUCUGCGCUUCUUCUUGCCAGCCCAAAGGCAUAUGCUUGUUCCUAUGUGGGAACCCCUUAUUACGUGCCUCCUGAGAUAUGGGAGAAUGAGCCUUACAACAAUAAAAGUGAUAUAUGGUCUCUGGGAUGCAUUUUAUAUGAGCUGUGCACUCUUAAGCAUCCGUUUCAGGCCAGUAGCUGGAAACAUCUCAUUCUUAAGAUAUGUAAAGGAUACUACAGCCCACUUCCAUCCCACUAUACUUAUGAACUUCACUAUUUGAUAAAGCAAAUGUUUAAGAAGAAUCCCAGGAACCGCCCAUCUGCUAGUACAAUCCUUAACAGAAACUGCUUGGCAAAGCUUAUCAGAAGUUUUGAUCCAGUAGAGGUAAUGGAAGGAAAAUAUACAAGAUUGAAAUCUGGCUGUUCAGAACGGGGGCUCGUUUCCAAGGGAUUCAGUGAAAUGGGAUUGGAAAAAACAGGGAAAUGUGAAAUCCCCUCAAAGGCUGCUUUACCAAGCCCCCACAGGCGACAGUGGGAAAAGGGAAGAUCCAGUACUUUGGUUAGCAUCCUGAACGAGGCACCUCUGCUUUCUUCCAGUGUUACAACCAAAGAGGAUGCAAGUGGUCAGGUGAGAAAAUAUGGUGAAAAUAUCACACGUAAGCAGUGGACCAAGGAACCUCCUGAAACUGUAUUGAAUAUUCUCCACAACGCUGAUAUCAGUUUAGCUUUUAAAACAUACACCAUCUGCAAAGCAGCCUCAGAUGAUCUGUUGAGAGGACCACUUACUGAAGAAACCAAAGCAUCUGAUGAAAUAGAUGGUGAAAUUAUGAUGGAAGAUCCUGAGAGACUUGAAUCAAGAUCUGAUGAGGAAGACACGGACUUUGAAGCAGAAGAUGAUCCGGACUGGGUUUUUGAACUUAAAAGAAUGAUGAAUAUGGAGUCAUAGGUAACAGAAAAGAUGCAUAAUGGAACUGAAGACAUUAGAACUAUCAAUUUACUGAGAUCCAAAUCAAUAUUUUUGUACCCUGAUGUUGACAAAACAGUUUGAGAGUCAGUUUAUUAUGCAACCAUUUUAAUGCAUAUACAAAGUUUCCAGAUGGAAUUUCUUUGGUGGAGCAACAAAUGCGCACUGACUGAACUGACACUAAGUUUUUUUUUCUUUUGGAAGGAAAUAUAGGUUAAAUAUGAUAAUUAUCUUCUUGAAUAAAGCAUGUACUUUUGAGUUCAAUGUAUUUGAAAGUCAAUAAAAAUAUAGAAACAGAUAUCAGUAACAUGGAUGCCAAAUCCAGGUGUUGGUAAACAUGGUAAUCAAUUAAAUUCCUAUUUAAAAAUU